GGUAUUCAUCAUGCUGACCAGCUUUGUGGAUGGAAUAUUCUGUUGCUUCACAGGAAAGUCGACAAAUGUGGUGGUCCCUAUUGAAUCCUCUGAGCCCACAGAUGGUUUUGAAUUUGUGGAGGUGAAACCAGGAAGAGUUUUAAGAGUUCGACAUAUAAUCCCAGACAGACCAGUUGUUGAGGAGCAAGGAACCGGGGAAGGAGGUUCUGUGACCUGCAAACGUAAAAUAUCCGUGUAUCGGAACGGACAACUUCUGAUUGAGAACGUGAACGAAGCUGCUCAUCCAGAACUGGUCCGGUACCAGAACGGAGACAGCACUGUAGAUACGGACGUUACUGAAAGUGAUGCUGGAGCCCGGAGCACAGAGCCCACACCAGGUCAGGCCGUGGCAGAUGUCAAAUCCGCACCGCAGGUGGAGCGGCCUCAACCGAAGCGCAGACGACGCAAACCCAAACGCUCCAUAGUGAUCGACUGCGAGCGGAAGAUCACGUGCUGCAAGGGCACUCAUCCUGAUGUGGCCUUGUUUUUCAUACAUGGGGUUGGGGGGUCACUUGAUAUUUGGGGAAGCCAACUGGAUUACUUUUCCCAACUUGGCUAUGAGGUCAUCGCCCCAGACCUGGUCGGUCACGGUGCAAGUUCAACUCCUCGUAUCCCUGCGGCCUAUACGUUUUACGCUCUGGCUGAAGAUGUUAGGAUUAUAUUUAAGAGAUAUGCAAAGCGAAGAAAUAUUUUAGUAGGACACUCCUAUGGAGUCUCUUUUUGCACCUUCUUGGCUCACGAGUACCCGGAGCAGGUUCACAAGGUUGUGAUGAUAAACGGUGGUGGUCCUACAGCCCUCGAACCAAGUCUCUGCUCGGUCUUCAACUUACCCACAUGUGUCCUUAACUUUCUGUCCCCGUGCCUCACCUGGAGCUUCCUCAUGGCUGGGUUUGCCCAUCAGGGAGCGAGAGAAAAGAAAUUACUGAAAGAGAACAAUGCCUUCAAUGUAUCUUCCUUCGUCCUGCGGUCUAUGAUGAGCGGACAGUACUGGCCAGAAGGCGAUGAGGUGUAUCAUGCUGAACUCACAGUGCCUGUUCUGUUGGUCCACGGGAUGUACGACAAGUUUGUACCGAUACAAGAGGACCAGCGUAUGGCAGAAAUCCUCAUGCUGGGGUUUUUGAAGGUUAUUGAUGAUGGGAGUCACAUGGUCAUGAUGGAGUGCCCGGACACAGUAAAUACUAUCUUACAUGAAUUCUUUCUGUGGCAGCCAGCAACCGCCUCAAAACCCAAACAAGAUGUGGCCGCCACCAAGACCACCAUCACCAAACCUCAGGAGGAUGCAGGGAGACCAAUGACUGCUCCUAAGACACCCUCUAAAUCUCAACCAGACUUUAUAAGACCAACAACUGCCCCAAAAACCAGCAGUACUGUGACAGAGGGCUCAGCAGACAGCAAAUCUAAGAGCAAAAAAUAACAGAUCUAUCCAAUAAAGAUUAUAUUGAAGGUUAGAUAAACUUCUUUUGACUGCAGGCAGGCAAAAUGUAUGUGUUUGAAACACAUAUAUCCUCAAAGACUCACCAGCCUGUCUAAGAAUGUAAGGUACAGCGCUGAGAGAGACGAUUCAUGACCAGAGAUGGGGUUUACAUGAUCAAGUCAAGUCCAAUGCAUUAUACCAUGAUAUGCAAUAAUGAUAUAAUACAAAAUAAACAUCUUCAGAUAUUA